CUUUUCAUUUCAGGGGUGGAGGAUACCCUCCAAGGAGCUGGACUAGAAAUGAUACCGCAAGUCUAAUGAAAGAAGUCUAAAACAGCAGUGUUGGGUUGUAACAAUAAAUAAUUGUAUAGUACUAGUCAUAGGAACAAUACAUAAUAUUCAUGAUGACGUGAAUGGAGUAAUAUAAAGUUGUACCUUGAGAUACGACAAAUUUGUUCCAUGAUCACGGUUCGGUCCUCAAAACAAGGUAGGAUGUCCAGAUCACAUUUUUUAGCCUCUGAAUCACUUGCCUGAGUCACAGUCCUGAUCAAUACCUCGGCAGUUCAUUAAGAAAUGCAGGUAACUCCAGCCCCAAAAUGCCCUUUAAAGUCUUUUUUGAUUUUUAUUUUUUAAUAAAUAAGAAAAAUCACACUCAAUAGUAUUCUACUGCAUAAAAACAGUCAUAAACUUUGCUCACCACAUAACCUGCAAACACAAGAAAUGUGAGCACAAAACAGGGCUGUACCUGAUGUUUUUUCCUUUGUUGUUGUUCUUUUGUGGGGUUUAUUGGCGGUUAGCAAACCAUGUUAAGGGUGCAUUAGCAUCAUCAACUAAUAAUAAUAAUAAAUGGGACUUUUGUAAUGUUUUUCAUGAUACGCAAUCGUGGCUGGUGUUGUUCCACUGCAAGUAAACCAAUGUGAAUUGAUUGUGGCCGGAUGUUGCAAAGUUUGCUGCUGCCAUCUAGUGGUGAGGGUCUGAAGCGCACUUAUUUUUUUUUUUGCUGGUAUCUCAAGACAAAAUAUCAGCCAUGCGCAACGGCUUGUGUCUCGAAAGACUUAAGUCAAGGCACGACUGUUACACUUUUCAUCAAGUCUUUUGAAAUGGAAAGGGUAUAUGGAUAUAUGCACGUUUAAAAAAAAAAUAAUGUUUUUUAGGUAUGGUUAUUUACUGGUGAUAAUGGUCUUUUAUCGAAUGUUUUAAUGGUGACAGUGGCACUUUGAAUGCAAAGCAAAUUACCUAGUGCAACAUGUUCUGUACAAAAAGAAAGUUGUCAUAGGUAUUUAUAGCUAAAGGUGCAGUGCACUGGUUACGGAUUAUUGCUUUAUAGAUCCAGACUGAUUCAUCAUUAGACACCUCACAUCCACAUGCUGCCUUCUUUUAUAACAAAAAAAUAAAUAAACAAUUUCAGUGAUGUUUGACUAUGGUCUAUUAUUCCCUAUCAAAAGGACUGUGAGCAAAUGUUUCUGAUCAACUUUUGGCAUUUUCCCUCCAUGCGUGUGAUGAGUUAACGUUUAUGUCUGCAGUGGCCAGUCCUGUCAAAUAUUACCUUUUGUAAAGAGGUCUUAAUGCCCGCCCCAAAUAACACUUGCCUGCGACACUGUAAGAAUAGGUGUAAAGGGCAAUUUGGAACCUUGUGCAAACUCUAGCACAGACGGACGGGUAUACAGUGCAGUACAACCUCAAUUCCAAUGAAGUUGGGACGUUGUGUUAAACAUAAAUAAAAACAGAAUACAAUGAUUUUCAAAUCAUGUUCAACCUAUAUUUAAUUGAAUACACUACAAAGACAAUAUAUUUAAUGUUCAAACUGAUAAACUUUAUUGUUUUUAGCAAAUAAUCAUUAACUUAGAAUUUUAUGGUUGCAACACGCUCCCAAAAAGCUGGGACAGGUGGCAAAAAAGACUGAGAAAGUUGAGGAAUGCUCGUCAAACACCUGUUUGGAACAGGUGAACAGGCUAAUUGGGAACAGGUGGGUGCCAUGAUUGGGUAUAAAAGGAGCUUCCCUGAAUUGGUCAGUCUUUCACAAGCAAAGAUGGGGCGAGGUUCACCUCUUUGUGAGCAAGUGCGUGAGAAAAUAGCCGAACAGUUUAAGGACAAUGUUACUCAACGUACAAUUGCAAGGAAUUUAGGGAUUUCAUCAUCUACGGUCCAUAAUAUCAUCAAAAGGUUCAGAGAAUCUGGAGAAAUCACUGCCUGUAAGCGGCAAGGGCGAAAACCAACAUUGAAUGCCCGUGACCUUCAAUCCCUCAGGCAGCACUGCAUCAAAAACCGACAUCAAUGUGUAAAGGAUAUCACCACAUGGGCUCAAGAACACUUCAGAAAACCAAUGUCAGUAAAUACAGCUCGGCGCGACAUCCGUAAGUGCAACUUGAAACUCUACUAUGCAAAGCAAAAGCCAUUUAUCAACAACACCCAGAAACGCCGCCGGCUUCUCUGGGCCCGAGCUCAUCUAAGAUGGACUGAUGAAAAGUGGAAAAGUGUUCUGUGGUCCGACGUGUCCACAUUUCAAAUUGUUUUUGGAAAUUGUGGACAUCGUGUCCUCUGGGCCAAAAAGGAAACUAACCAUCCAGAUUGUUAUGGACGCAAAGUUCAAAAGCCAGCAUCUGUGAUGGUAUGGAGCUGUGUUAGUGCCAAUGGCCAUGGGUAACUUACACAUCUGUGAAGGCACCAUUAAUGCUGAAAGGUAUAUACAGGUUUUGGAGAAACAUAUGCUGCCAUCCAAGCAACGUCUUUUUCAUGGACGCCCCUGCUUAUUUCAGCAAGACAAUGCCAAACCACAUUCUGCACGUGUUACAACAGUGUGGCUUCGUAGUAAAAGAGUGCGGGUACUAGACUGGCCUGCCUGCAGUCCAGACCUGUCUCCCAUUUGAAAAUGUGUGUGCACAUUAUGAAGCUUAAAAUACGACAAUGGAGUGUUGAACAGCUGAAGCUCUACAUCAAUCAAGAAUGGGAAAGAAUUCCACCUACAAAGCUUCAACAAUUAGUGUCCUCAGUUCCCAAACAUUUAUUGAAUGUUGUUAAAAGAAAAGGUGAUGUAACACAGUGGUAAACAUGACCCUGUCCCAGCUUUUUUGGAAUGUGUUGCAGCCAUAAAAUUCAAAAUUAAUGAUUAUUUGCUAAAAAUUUUUUUUGCAGUUUGAAUGUUUACAUGUCUUUGUAGUGUAUUCAAUUAAAUAUAGGUUGAACAUGAUUUGCAAAUCAUUGUAUUCUGUUUUUAUUUGUUUAACACAAUGUCCCAACUUCAUUGGAAUUGAGGUUGUAUUUUGCACAGUGUAUUGCUUCAACCUGAGAGUUUGUGUGUUGGUUACAGUGGAUAUAAAUUCUACACAAUAAGUCGACACACCCAUGUUCAAAUGCAAGGUUUUUGUGAUAUACAAAAUAUACCAGGAAAUCAUUUCAAAACUGACAUGAAGACGGGAGAUUACUGUCUCAUGCAAACAGCCAGUACUUGCCAGAAAUUCCUGCAGCUCCUUCGGUGUUGCUGUCAGCCACUUGGCAGCCUCCCUGACCAGGCUUUUCAUCAAUUUGGAGAGACAUCCAGUUCUUGAUGGUUGAUUCUGAACACAGCUACAGCCCAGUUAUGAGGGUGCGCACACUUGUGCAACCACAUUAUUUCAGUUUAUUUUUACUGCCCCUUUUGAAAAGAUAUAUAUAUAUAAAAUAGAUGUACAGGUUAUAGGUCACAAUGGUGAAAAAAAACCGUUUUAAAAUGAUUUAGCUUGGUCUAAAACCUAGCUUUUGAACAGGGGUGUGUAGACGUUUAUCUACUGUAGUUCCUUAGCUCCAAGAUACCACAAGAUGGCGACAAAACAAUACCGUUAUUGCUUGAGCCUGAGCACAAAAACAGAAAAUAGGUUUUGUUUUUCAGCGAAAAACAGAGCAUAGGUUCCAUUAAAAAAAAAAUUAAAAUAAUAAUAAAUCUGUGAACGUGAAUUUGAAAAUGCCGUAAUAAGCGGGUGUCCACUGUAUACAGCAGUGUGUUUUUAUAGGCAAAAAAAUUAUCAUGGUGACCAGUGAUGUUUGAAAUUGCUUAUUUUACUAAUAUAUUGUUUUAGAUGGUUUUUAUGUGAACUUUUCUGCAUUUAUUUAUAAAAUUCAUUUUAUAUAGACCACACGGUGCAGUGACUAAGAUAUUAAUGAAAAUAUGGUGAAACAUAAAUGUCCAGUGGCCAAAUAAAUACCAUUUAAAAUAUCUGGUAGUACAACCACUUUCCAAGGAAUGCUGCAGUAAAGUGCAAAUAAUGUAAAUUAUUAAAGUAUGCCUGCCAUUUAUCCAGUUGAAGUAUUGCUCAGUGACUAAAAUGAAAUUUCAUGAUUUCUUCCGUAGCGGCAAGGUAAAUCAAAGGAUAUAAAUAAUUUUUAAAUGAGUAUUGAUAGAUCUUGAUUGAUAGAGGAUGAUGUCGUCCGAUAAACAUUUUAUAGCGUAUCUACAAUAUAUCGCACAGCUCGAAGUCAUCCAUCCAUCCAUCCAUCCAUUCAUUUUCUGUACUGCUUUAUCCUCACAAGGGUCAUGGGCGUGCUGGAGCCUAUCCCAGCUAUCUUCGGGCGAGAUGGGGGGUACAGCCUGAACUGGUUUCCAGGCAAUCUCAGGGCACAUAUAAGCAAACAACCAUUCGUGCACACUUUCACACCUACGGGCAAUUUAGAGUCUUCAAUUAACCUACCAUGCAUGUUUUUGGGAUGUGGGAGGAAACCGGAGUGCCCGGAGAAAACCCACGCAGGCAUGGGGAGAACAUGCAAACUCCACACAGGCGAGGCCGGGAUUUGAACCCUGGUCCUCAGAACUGUGAGGCAGAUGUGCUAACCAGUCGUCCACCGUGCUGCAGCUCAAAUGGGGGACGGCCGCGCAUUGGCUAAAAUAUCUUUAUCGUGAUGGAUGGAUCACGUUUGUGUGGGAGGGGUCGGCUUGCCCUACUGAGGCAGCCUUGUGUGGCGGCAGAUGAGCCAGAUGACUCAUGUAUACAGUAUGCAUGAUGAUGCCUUGGAUUUAAGUGUGGUGAUAUGAAUAACGCAUUGGGUGACUUAUCUGGAAGCCUUGGAGCCAAAGCAGAGAUUUACCAGAGUGGCCGGAGUAAUGGGAGCGAGGCUCUCAUCUCCUUGCAAGAGCCUUUACUGACACCAAAAGUCAAGAGGACUUCACCCUGCCAAGGCAACAGGUUAAAAAAAGAGGCCAGUGAAGUUUCACCUGGUCCACCUUCUUUUCCUGAAGGUCUUGCUCCAAAACUCUCACACUCUGCCCCUGAGUCUUUAUUACCUUGGACCAAAACAAGUGCAACUCAGGUAAUUAAGAUUUAUAAUGAAGAUAACACCAGCAGAGCGGUAGAGGUCCCCAGUGACAUUGUUGCCCGGGACAUAUGUCAGCUGUUUGCCUUGAAGAGCCACUGCAUCGAUGAGCACAGCUUGACUCUUUACGAGCACCUCUCCCAUCUGGGAAUAGAGAGAACGAUUGAGGACCAUGAGUCAAUUAUGGAGGUGAUAUCCAGCUGGGGAAUGGAUGCAGACAACCGGCUAAAUUUUAGGAAGAAUUAUGCAAAAUAUGAGUUUUUCAGGAAACCCUUGGACUUCUUCCCUGACCAUAUGGUGUCCAUAUCCGGUGAGACCAAUGAGGUGGUAGAUCACUCUCAACUUGUACAGAUCUUUCUCAGCGCCAGCACUUGCCCAGAGAUUCACGGACAUCUCCACACCAAGGAGCCAGGCAAGAAGUCCUGGAAGAAGUUGUACUUUAUCUUGCGGAGGUCAGGGCUUUAUGUCUCCAGUAAGGGAACUUCUAAGGACCCAUGGCAUCUUCAGUUCAUCGCUGACUUCACUGACUCAAAUGUCUACACACUGUUGUCAGCCAAAAAAGCACACGGGGCUCCCACUGAAUUUGGCUUCUGUGUUAAGUCCACAAAGUGCACUUCAUCCCGGGAUAUGAAGCUCCUGUGCGCAGAUGAUGAGCAGACUAGGACGUGCUGGAUCACAGCCGUGCGAUUGUUCAAGUAUGGGAUGCAACUGUACCAAAACUUCAUGCAGCCACACCAGAAACAAAAAGCCUCCCCAAUGGGUCGCGGGCGUACUGGAGCCUAUCCCAGCUAUCUUCGGGCGAGAGGCGGGGUACACCCUGAACUGGUCGCCAGCCAAUCGCAGGGCACAUACAAACAAACAACCAUUCACACCUACGGACAAUUUAGAGUCUUCAAUACCCUGCGUGUUUUUGGGAUGUGGGAGGAAACCGGAGUACCCGGAGAAAACCCACGCAGGCGGGGCUGGGAUUUGAACCCCGGUCCUCAGAACUGUGAGGCGGAUGUGCUCGUCCAUCGUGCCGCCAGUUUAUAUCCACGGAGCAUCUCCGAGAACUCCCUGGUGGCCAUGGACUUCUCGGGCCAGAAGAGUCGGGUGAUCGAAAACCCCUCGGAGGUUCUCUCUGUGGCCGUGCAGGAAGGCCUGGCAUGGAGGAGGAAAGGUUGCCACCGUCUGAGUGCACAUGGAAGCCCUUCUGCGUCCCAGAGCUCACUAAAUAUAGCUCUCCAUUUAGCCCAGCCCUGGUUCCAUGGCAAGCUGUCACGGGAAGAAGCUCAGCGUCUGAUCACUCAGCAGGGUCCAGUUGAUGGGCUAUUUCUUCUGAGAGACAGUCAGAGCAACCCCAAGACAUUUGUACUGUCACUGUGCCACAUGCAAAAAGUCAAACACUUCCAAAUCUUACCUGUGGAUGACGCAGGGGAGUUAUCCUACAGCCUCGACGACGGCCACACACGCUUCUCAGACUUGAUUCAGCUGGUGGAGUUUUACCAGCUGAACCGGGGCGUGCUGCCCUGCAAACUCAAACAACACUGCACCGGGACCACCCUGUGACAACCGGGAGGGACCGCCGCCAUGGAACCCUCAAAGUCACCUCCUCUCAGAGGCCUCUUUUCUGGGCAGUCACCCGCAGUGAUCUUGUGCAUGGAAGCAAAAUUAUGCAAAGACCCGACAGGCUUGCAAGGUGCAAGGUAGGAUUUCUGUUCUUCCAACGCCAUCGUGGCCCUCAAUAGGGCAAGGAAGCGGAUUUGGUUAAUGGACUGGGUGGUGAUUAUAACAAGCAAAAACCCAAAAUUCACAAUCUCAAGAAAUAUUAGGGGGAAAAAAAAAAAAAAAAAAUGUAUGUAGAAAUCAGGUAGAAAUUAAAUUGGCCUCAUGAAAAGUACCUAUAUGUGAUUAAUACACCUAUAUAGUAUGACUUUCACUUUGUGGACCACUGAAAUAAAUGAACUUUUCAACGAAAUUCUAAUUUAUUGAUAUGCACCGACCUGUUGUUCCACUAUAAACCCCUUCAAAACGCCACUUAAAUUACAACAUAAGAUACGGUCAUAUAACAUCACAACAUUUCCAAUUCAUCAAAUUCUCAAAGCAAAUAUUCUCAAGUAUAUAGGAUGACGUGUAUGUAUAUUUUGAAUAGAUCUAAUAAAGACCAAGAAAAUACGUCCAAUAAAUCAUGUAUAACCUGAUUUUAUUUUAAAUUUGACAUAAUAAAUCCAGGCUUUAUCCAGUGGAUAUUUCUCAAAUAUAAUAAGCUUCCUAACUAGUGUAUCUUUACCUACACUUUGUUCACUUAUUUAUUAUUUAACCUCCUACGGUUAAAGUUAAAUUUAGUUGGUCCAUAUUGCACGUGAACGCUACACAUUAACCCAAUAUUGCCAAAUGUGAUUUAAUACAUUCUAUAUGAGGAAUAUGUAGGCAUUAUGUGGCCUACAUUGUGGAUGCAGUGUGGGAGGCAGCAGCACCUAGGGUGCAGGUUAACUCAUGACCACUAGAUGGUAGUAGAAGCAUUUUGUUGGCUGUGUUCCAGUUUGAUGUCGUCAAAUAAGUCAAAUAAUCAAUUUACGUUUAUGUUCACGUAAGUUGCAAUAAUUAUCAUUGAUGGAUACUGCUGACAAUAGACAGCAUCAUACUGAAUUUCUGGCUACAAAAUUAGGUCCAACUCCACACUAAUAAGUACAAGUUAGCACAAAUGAUCAGAAUGAACACUUGUCAGAAGGGUAUGGUGCUUUGCUCCACUGGACACAACAAUCAUAAUGAUGAACAUAUGACAACAUAAAAACAACUGAGAUUAUGAGAGAUUUUGUUCAUACGGUUACUGUAUUCGACCUUGUUUGGAGAUGCAACAAUUAAUUGAUUAUCAAAUUAAUUGACAACUCUUUUGAUGAUUGAUGAUCCCAUUGUUUUACUUAAAAUUGUCUAAAUCCAUCUAAAUUCUCCCAACAGUGAAUCUUCUCAAAUUUCUGUAAUCCUUCAUGAAAGCAGACUGAUUAUCUCUUGUGUUUAAUCAAAAUAAUAAUAAUUUGCAAACAUCUGCUUUUACUUUGGAAAAUCAUAAUCAGAAUUUUUGCCUAUUUUCUUACAUGUUACACACCCAACCAGUUGCUGUAUCCUCAACAAUUUAUGGGGGACAAAAAUAGUUUAAGAUAUUACAAAAACAAUCAUUCAUUGUAAUGUAAUGGACUCUAGAAAAUAUUCGAUAGUAACAGCCCUAACCUUGUUAGAUUAGAUCAUAAACAUGUAAUAUUCACUUGACCAACUCCAAAGUGCCUUGCGUGUAUUCCCUUUCUCUAAGGAUGUGUACAAUUAUUACAAGUGCAAGUAAUGACUCAUCCUUUCACUUACGUCUGAUUUUUCCACGGCCCCAUCCCGCUAUGAGUAAACCCUGCAAAUGAUUCCCCGCUCAAACAGCAAACGGCCAAAAUGUCUCGUCUGGAAGCACCCGUGUUAAACAAGCUUCUUUGUUGUGAUAUAAAUGCACUGCCCCGACGCCUCUCCGGCUUCACUUCAAUAGCAGCUUUUUUGAAAGGGAGCGCUCACAUCCAGGGGAGACGUGCACAAACACAUAAGUCUUAAAUGUACCCCUGCUUCUUAGGUCUUGUGCUAAAUGUUGUUUUGGAUGUAUUCCUGCCAUUGAUCGGCGCCUGGCUGCAGGGGGAGAGAUGGCAGCUGGGAGAGAAUGCGCCUCCUUUAAUGAAUUCAUCCAACACUAACGGCCUGUGGACACUGCAUUUCUUCCAGCCUUUCUCUCUCUCUCUCUCUCUCUCUCUCGCUCUCUCUCUCUCUCUUUCUGCUCUGUCUUGGCCCUCACGGACAACCAGCAGCACUCUUUGCACUUCACACCACCACACGGCUUGUAUUCGGCUCGCGCUCUCACAGAGGUGUCAACUUCCCCAGUGGUUUUCAUGGGAAAAUAAUUAGCGGUGGCACUAAACAUUUAGGUUGACUACAUAAGCAGGAACACUAGAGCAGUGGUUCUCAAGUGUUGUCACCCUGGGACCCGCUCUUUCCUUUUGUUGCAAAGUUGUGACCCACAUUUAAAGACGUUAAGAACAAUAAAGAGCAUGUUAUGUUUUCAAAUUGCUUUGAACAAUGUAUAAUAUAUUUUCAAAAGCUGUUUCAAAGGAGGCGGCCUCACAGUUCUGAGGACCGGGGUUCAAUCCCCGGCCCCGCCUGUGUUGGAGUUUGCAUGUUCUCCCCGUGCCUGCGUGGGUUUUCUCCGGGCACUCCGGUUUCCUCCCACAUCCUAAAAACAUGCAUGAAUUCUAAAAAAUUGCCCAUAGGUGUGAAUGUGCGUGCGAAUGGUUGUUUGUUUGUAUAUAAUAAACAAUAUUUGUAUUGUUUUUAAUAAUAAUAAAAAAAAAAUAUAUAUAUAUAUAUAUAAUAUUGUAAACAGACAGUAAUAACAUAAUGUAAUAUAAUGUAAAUAAUUAAACAUUUUUUGCUUUAUUUCAGUGGACAUUGUGUCUCUUCUGGUGUGCCCGCCAUGGCCAUCUGGGGACAAUAUAAUGCAGACAUACGGACAUGGUCACAACUACUCAGUAAGCUGCAGAAAUAUUAGUUGCUCUUUGCAGAGGAUAAAGAAUAUAUGUGCCGGUUGAGUAUUGUUAUAUUAGUUCUUUCAAGGGUCAUACCAACGCGACAGCGAUGCUAUUAGUUAGCCUGUCUAGGCCGCAUUGAUGUGGUCCAUAUAUGCACGCCGAUCUUUAACUACUGUACACCACUGAAGUAAACUAUCCAUCCAUCCAUUUUCCAUCCAUCCGCUUUAUCCUCACAAGUUUCGCGGGCGUGCAGGAGCCUAUCCCAGCUAACUUCGGGCGAGAGGCGGGGUACACACUGAACUGGUCGCAGCCAAUCGGAGGGCACAUAUAAACAAACAACCUUUCGCGCACACAUGCACGCCUAAGGGCAAUUUAGAGUAAUAAAUCAAUGAAGUAAAUUAAAUAAAUAAAAUCAUCGAUCCAAUCACCUCAUUUAUUAAUCUUUUUUUUUUUUUUUUUGCUUCCAAUACCCAGCAAGUA